UCCGGCGACGAGAAGAUUCAGACAAAAAAAUGGCGAUUACUCUCUCAACCGUCUCUCCGGUCACUCGUUCUUAUCUGUUUUCACAUUAUAAUUCCCUACAAAAUUUUACUACUGGCAGUUAUAGUCUUGCUCUCUCUCACUCUGCCACCGCCGACAAAACCAUCCUCAUUUCUUCGUCAAAUGCCCGCCGUCCUGUCUCCGCCGCCUCCAGCUCCACCGGAACUUCUCAAUCUUCGAUUGGAAUCAGUGAAGAAACGGGUACUUUGUUGGAGAGAGUAGAGGUGUUUGAUUUGAAUGGGAAUUCAAUGACGAUUUCUGAUUUAUGGAAGGAUCGAAAAGCUGUUGUUGCAUUUGCUCGUCAUUUCGGAUGUGUCCUUUGUCGCACACGAGCUGAUAAGCUUGCUGCUAAGAAGGAUAGAAUGGAUGCUUCAGGUGUAGCGCUUGUCUUGAUUGGGCCCGGUAGUGUUGAUCAGGCAAGAGCAUUCUCUGAGCAAACAAGUUUCAAAGGAGAAGUAUAUGCAGAUCCUAGUUAUGCAUCAUACAAGGCAUUGAGCUUUGUUUCAGGAGUUACAACUACGUUUACACCUGGGGCAGCUUUGAAAAUUAUAGAAGCAUACAUGGAAGGUUAUCGACAAGAUUGGGAGAUUUCCUUUGAAAAAGAUACCCGUACAAAAGGUGGUUGGCAACAAGGUGGAAUCAUGGUUGCAGGUCCAGGGAUAAGCAACAUCUCAUACAUCCACAAAGACAAGGAAGCAGGUGAUGAUCCUGACAUAGAAGAGAUACUGAAAGCAUGUUGCUCAUGAGAUGGUGCACAUUCACCGAUAAGUGAACAAAUGAAGUGCUUUUGGGAAGCCCCAAGAUGUGUCCAUAUUACUUGCUAUACAUUGUUAAUGCUUACAUAAACAAUAGCAGUACCAUUAAGCCGUUUAUGAGGGAUUUAGAUUUCAUGGAAGGAUUUGGAAUUUGGAAU